AUGCAGUCCCUGUCCUCCCGUGAGUGGUUUUCUGUGGAGAGGCUAGGCGACGUCCAGUGGAACUCUCAGCAAGAUACAGUAUUAUGGCCGGAAGCAGAGUCGUUGAAAGGUGCAAUCAUGGAGAUUGCCAAGGGUUUUGGAGCGCUAAAAGCAGAGCUGCGCUAUGCGAAACGUGAAGCUGGUUGGGACCAUUUGGGGCCGAAGGAACUGGUAGAGCUUACCCGCUUACUGAAGAGCAUACUAGCGUCGAUACUGUGGAUGAAAUCUCUCAUUGAGGUCGCUACACGCAUUGAGAAGCGAGGAGGUUGGGACUGUUUCAGAGGCUCUGAUAUUUCCCAUCCAGUGGCUGGUGAGGUGGAGAAGCAGCAGUGGAAUUGGAUAUUCGAACAGACUCUCGGUCCUACAGAGCAACUUUCGCAAGCUAUGGAUGACGGAAUCGACUACGUUGCGUGCUCUCUCCGAUUUCGGAAGCCCCGUGCCGCGUCCAGAUCAGACCAUGAAGCAAAUGGAAAUGUCGCAGCCAAGCAGCUGGAGCAAAUGAUUGGGGAUUACCUUAAACAGCAACAGGGCUCACUGAAAACUUGGCUUUCUUGGAAAGACAUGGAUCAUCCUUCUCAAGUGGAAGCACUGAAGAGUGGUCGGAAGCCAGCGGACUCUCAAAUACGUGAGCGGCAUCAACUUCAGCUGUACUUUCUCCUCGAUGAUCGUCGAUGGCACCAUGAGGAAAAAAGACUCAUCAUACCUACCUGGAAGCAAAUGAGAAAAUGGUUCUGGGCUUCGCUAGCUAGGGAAGAUGGAGAGUUGGAUUACCAGAAAUACGGUAAACGAUCCGGAACUGUCAGGGUAUACUUUGACGAUGUUCUGCAAACUGGAACGGACGCGGAACACCUCCCCCUGAAACCGUCUGGGAAAAGAGUGGCCGUGGCCACCAUGACUAUUGCCAUUGUUGCCUUCCUCAGAAACUCACAGUUAUUCUACAUCGAACAACGUCUCAUCUGGGGAUCAAUCAUGGUUGCAAUUAGCAUGACAGAAACAUCUGGAUCUGGUAUUUACGGGCAGCUUCAACGACUGCUCGGGACGGCAAUUGGAAUGGUGCUGUCUUACAUUGACUGGUAUAUAGUUGACGGACGCUCAGCAGGCGUGAUCGUCUUUUUUGGCAUCACUAUGGUCUUGUCCAACUCCCUAUAUCUGAAGUUGCCAAAUGAUGCAGUGUUGCCAACUAUAAUAAUGGCCACCGUGUCAUUGAUUGUGGGCUAUGAGCUUCAAAUCAAGAAAGUCGGUAUUGCGGUCUCUGAAACCAACCUCCAGCAAUAUCAUCCGCUGUUCGAGCUUUCGCCUUACCGACUAGCUACCGUCGUUGGUGGCGUCGGGGUUGCUUUUUUGUUUACGAAUUUCCCUCGCGGGAAGAGUCCAGAAAAGGUCCUUGAGAAAAAUCACGCUAGGAUGCUUGCGAAGGAAAUUGUUCUCCUCCAAGGGAUGGACCACCAUAAUACAUUCCUUGCCUGGGAACCUACGUUUGGAGGGAAGUUCCCGAAAGGUACGGCUAGUAUGCUGUGCUGCUCGGAAAUAGUGGUGUCUGUCGCUAAUUCAUUGGGAAACGUUCUCACUACCACCGACCCCGAGUUCUCAGAAACAUGGUUAAGAUGCUUCAAGCAACUCAUCACUAUCUUGGAUUCAAGAUCACGUGAAGUAGCAUCACUCCUCAACACUCUCUCAGGUGCUAUACUAGACGAGAAACCAGUUCCUUUUUAUCUUAAAGCGCCAAAACCAUGUCCCCUUACUGAGCUUAUCACCGAUCUCGACGUGAGUCUGUUUAAUGUGCAGCGUGUCUGCGAGCCCACUUACUCUGCAUUUGCUGCGAUGGAAAUAACUAUGGCCCUCCUAGCAGAUGAUGCGUCUCAAUUGCUGUCUGAGACAAAGAAGCUCGUGGGAGAGUUCGAUUUCAUCAAAGAUACAUCCAUUCCGGAAAGCUCGUCCUUAUCCUACGAGCGCGAGUUGGCCGUUCCCGAUAGUGAGCCACAUCAAAGGAAUGGAGUAAUCAUGAGAAGAUGA